AUGUCAAAUAUUUAUCAGACUUGUCCUUCACAAUUCUAUAAACAAUUUAGAAUUGCUAAACAAUUAGCACAACACCAAAAUGGAAUGGUUCUUCCUAUUCAACAACAUACUCCUCUAAAUGUUGGUUAUUUACAACCACCUCCUCAACAACAACAAGUUCCAAUACGAAGACAAUAUAUUAGUCAAACACUUAACUCAAAAGAUUAUCAAAAAAUGGCAAAACAAGCACAAAUUUAUAAUAAUAAUCCAAGAAAUAUUCCUAUAGCUGGUAUGGUUUAUCAAGAAAAUCCAUAUGCUCAAAUACAACAACAAAGAAGACAACAACGUGGAGAUCGUAGUCGAUUAGCAGAAAUUAGAAGUCAAAUUGAAGCAUUAAAUGCAGAAGUUGCAGAGAUUUGUAUGAGAAAUAAAGGGAAUGAUGAAUUACCAAAUCUAAGAACUGGUGUUGUAGCACCAAAUCCAAUGGCAAUGAAAUAUGGAAGAAUUCCACAAAGAGUUCAUGUUCAAGACGAUAUGCCAGAUCCAGUAUAUGAUCCAUAUUUAAUAGAUAAUACAUUCUUCUCACCAUCAAUGUCACCAUCUUCUUUUACUCAAACAUACCAACAACCAGAUGAUGAUUUCUAUGGUGAUGAUUGGGAAAAUGAAGAUGGAUUUUCAAUGACUCAACCAAUUCAAAUGCAACCAAUUCAAACUGCUCGUCCUGUUGCUAUAAGACAAGCUCAACCUAUUUAUAUUCAACCCACUCAACCACAAUUUGUUCCUGUCAGACCAAUACAACCUCAAGUACAAUACAUUAAUCCUUAUCGUAAUCGUACAAAUAAUAGAUAUGUUCAACGACAAAAUAUUCAACCAAUGAUCCAACAAUUACCUCAACAACAAGUUCAAUACGUUGCACCAGUUCAAUGGGAACCAGUGAAUUAUUCAUAUUAUCAAUGA